AAUAACAUGAUUGCAAAAACAACUCAUAAUGACAACUCCCAUAUUAUAUUCUAUAUACAGACAUGUAUUAUCACCCAUCCAAUCAAAUCAUACAGAAAAUGAGGUGAAUAGUGAAGAUGGUGAUGGAUUCAAAGGGCGAAUGAAUAUCUUAAAAAUCAUGAUUGCAUUAGCAAACAAUAAUUUACUCAUGGACGUGGAGAUUUGAACAAAUCCUUGUGAUAGCGUGGCAAACAAAACACAUUGUGUAUCAUGGUCCAAGUGUUGUAAAGAACAGAUCUCAUUGUUCGGAGUUGAAAAAUCUUUUCUUUCCGCCGUUGCCAAAUCGAGACAUAGAUGGGUAUAUAUCUCAGCACCCCCAAAACUGAGAAAUUUUCAGAAGACGGCGAGAAUGAUAGGGUUAGAUAUGGUCUAUCAUCCAUGCAAGGAUGGCGUGCAGCCAUGGAAGAUGCUCAUGCUGCGUAUCCUGAUCUCGAUGAAUCUACUUCGUUCUUUGGUGUUUAUGAUGGUCAUGGAGGCAAAGUUGUCGCAAAGUUCUGUGCCAAGUAUCUUCACCAGCAGGUUCUCAAGCAUGAAGCAUAUGCAACUGGCGACAUAGGGGCAUCAGUUCAUAGGGCAUUUUUCAGAAUGGAUGAAAUGAUGCGUGGACAAAGAGGAUGGAGAGAAUUAGCUAUUUUGGGUGAUAAAAUAGACAAGUUUACCGGCAUGAUAGAAGGAUUGAUAUGGUCUCCUAAGGGUGGUGAGGGUAUUGACCAAGAUGAUGAUUGGGCCAUUGAGGAGGGCCCUCAUUCUGACUUUUCUGGACCAACUUCUGGGAGCACAGCCUGUGUUGCAAUUCUAAGAAACAACCAACUCGUUGUUGCAAAUGCUGGCGAUUCUCGUUGUGUGAUAUCUAGAAAGGGUCAGGCAUACAAUCUCUCUAGAGAUCACAAACCUGAUCUAGAGGCAGAGAAAGAAAGGAUUUUAAAGGCUGGUGGUUUUAUACAUGCAGGACGUGUCAAUGGCAGUUUGAAUCUUUCAAGAGCUAUAGGCGACAUGGAAUUCAAGAAGAAUAAACUUUUGCCUGCUGAAAAGCAAACUGUAUCUGCAAAUCCAGAUAUAAACACAGUUGAGCUCUGUGAUGAUGAUGACUUUCUUGUGCUGGCAUGUGAUGGAAUCUGGGAUUGCAUGUCAAGUCAGAUGCUAGUAGACUUUAUUCAUGAACAACUACGUUCAGAGACCAAGCUCUCUGUUAUUUGUGAGAGAAUACUUGACAGAUGCUUAGCACCAUCAACAGCCACUGGUGAGGGUUGCGACAAUAUGACCAUGAUUUUGGUGCAGUUCAAAAAAUCAAUCAAAUCUGCCUCACCUGCAGAGCUGCAAUCCUCCCAUUCUAAAUCAGUUGACAUUAAAUCAAAGCCAGAGGGAGGUCAAGAAAAAGCAGUUGCAGCUAUUGGUGGAGCUACUAAAUCCUCUACUUGAAGAAGAUUGGCGGACCCUGCAUUUUCUCAAAUUUUGGAAUAUGAAUAUGUGGGAUGGCUUAGAGCAGAACGAUUUGAUGACAUAUUAAGAAAGUAAUAUAUAUAUGCCUUUUGUUUCCUUUCUUAAAAAAGAACCAAUGAUUUAAUUGGGGUGUUGUGUCUCAACAAUGUCAGUAAUAACAUGUACAGUUUAUUAUUAUUGAAAUGUUUUUGGAUUAA